AUGUCAGUGAAAACGUCCUGCAACAACGUAUUCAGCCUGUUCAACUCCUGCUGUGCGUCAGGAAAUACAACAAAACAAGAAGGAACAGAAGAGGAUUUUGAUGAACAAAAUUUUAAACAAAAAUUAGAACAAAAUUUGGACGUAAUAGUAUUGCUUGAGGAUGGAACAAAAUUAUCUUGUACACUACACGUAAACUGUGAAACGAGUUUAGUUAGAAUAGCCUGCGAUAAACAGGUCAGAGAAAUAGAUUUCGGAUCCGUAAAAAAGAUUCUUCACACCAAAGAUGAGUUGAGCAGAAUCCAGACGAACGGAAACACGAUGAAUUUCAACACUACUGUGGCGUUCCAUUUACUUGAAAAUGGAAACUGUAUCCCAGUUAGUUUCAGCAACACCCACGAGAAAAAAAUGUUUUUAAAUAUUCUGGGUCCAUUUAUUCCAACUUAA